AUGGGAAAUUGUGCAAUAUCGGUUCAAUACACACAACAAAAUGGUGGCUGCAACAACUUCAGGAGGCCACUCACGGCCAAGAUCAUUCACAUGGAUGGACGGCUACAGGAGUUCCGAGAGCCCAUCAAAGCCGCACACAUCCUCUCCCAGAACCCCAACUGCUAUCUCUGCAGUUCCGAGUCCAUGUUCGUCGGCUCCCAAGUCCCCCAUCUCGCCGGAGAAGAACAACUUCAACCGGGUCAAAUUUACUUCCUCCUGCCACUCUCCAAAUCUCAGGAACCGCUCACUCUCCAGGACUUGUGUUCGCUAGCCAUAAAAGCUAGCUCAGCUCUCCCUAAGUUAACCUCACAACCGCCUUUCAAGUAUCGAGCAGCAGCAGUCACGACGCCGCCGGCUGGUUUCUGUGAAGUUCCGAUCGGGUUUCAGGCUCCGGCGAGGAGAGGAUGA